AUGAAGUUGAACGAGAACCGCGGCCUCACGAAGGACGCGCGCGAUUUCGAGCUGGCUGGCGGACUACAUGCGCCGCUACGGCGAGUUUGGGCCGCUGAUGGCCACGGCGGCGCCCGUCAACGCCAAGUCCGACAAGUUGCCCGCGGCGACCAAGACCCCCAAGGCUGGAAAGCCCCCAAGGUCGUGGCUGUCGUGAACGUCGACAAGGUCCCGAUGUUGAACUUCACGAAGUGUGUGAGUUUAAGUGCCUGA